AUGAGUACUAAAGCAGAAAGAAAACCUACCAAAAAACCGAAGGAACGAACUGCAGAGGAUAAACAAGAUGGCGUCCGCAAACGAGCCAAAAACUGCAAUCAAAGUCAUUUGAUGGACGCUCUGAGUGUAGCAAUGGCUGAAGUGAAUGGCGAAAGCUACACCACCGGUGGCCUUACAUUCGUUGCAGUGAAUACCACAAAAAGCAUGACAGAGGAUACUCAGAAAUAUUCAACCGAUCCGCUUAAUCUAAGCCAAGCCCGGACGGACCAAGUUCGUGAGAAGGCAAAACAGCGUUCGGCUGUGGGUCAAAAUGCAUCCUGCUCUCAUGCAUUGGAAGAUUCAGAUGAUCAAACUGCCGAUUCCGCCGAUGAAUUUGUGGAAAGCAGUCAGCUUCCAUCCAUGCGUCUUUCCGCCAGAGACACCGGAUUCUCUCAGCGUACAAUCCCAAUUGACGACCCUUCCCCGUUGGAUGCUUUUGAGGAUGGUACCCUGGAUAAGAGGGGGCCACGUCAGCUGAAUUAUUUUGCGAUCAACAGCCCAGCUUCUGGAGGUGCAGCUAAUUCGUAUCGCCCGGAGCUUCCUGUUGCCGAAAUGUGUUACACUGAUGGACAUCAUACCACCGUAUCACCGCCAGAACCCCAAAUCUCAAAGAAAAGGCCAGAUGAGGCAUCUCGUCAGUCUGAUGGUGUCGAAAAUGAAGAUAACGACUCAUAUCGCAGCAAGUAUUUCGAUUUGUUGGAGAGAUUCAAGAAGAAAUCGAAAGCACAUAAAGAUAUAAAGGCGAAAUAUGAGAAACUGAAGUUGAGUUUCGCAGAAAUGAAAGACCUUGUAGUUUUUGCUAAUGCUGAAACUAAAAAAGCACAAUUGGACCCAAAUGCCAAAUUGACAUUCUCAACGGAACCUGAAAUCGAUAUGACUGUUCAGCAGAUUGAGGAAAUCAGCGCUGCGUCCAAAACAGAUGUUUCAUUCGGACAGAAUAUGGCUUUAUUUUUUUAUGGUGCUCAAAAAUUGCAAACUAUGUCAGUUUGUGGUGUUGCAACCAACCGUUUCAAAAACGCUAUGCCACGUCCUGGAAUCUCACCCAAGAAGUUGGCAUUUAUUUACGAAAAAGUACAACAGCGUGUCGCCUCACGGGUUGGUACCAAAAAUUUGGCACAAAUCACUACAUUGGCUCAUCCAACGCGAAUCAAUAAGGGCAUCGCAGAAAAAAUCGCAAAUCUGAAAAAGGCAGCAAGAUACGCGGCGGCACGCAAUGUCAUUCAAGAUGUUAAUCAGGAUGCCAAUGCAACAGCAAGAGAUUCAGCCAACUGAUUUAAAUUUACC